AUGUUUAGAUCUCACAGUAGAAUUCAGUCCUCCAACUCUGUCUCGGAUCUCGCACAGUAUGACGAGAAAAGAGCUUGGAUUGCCGAGGAUGAUUUUCAGCCUUCGAGACAAAGCACUUCACGUCAGAGGUCUUUGGUGUACCUGCUGCUUCUUUCCGAGGCUAUAAUGGCGGCCUCUCUAUCAGCACAAAUCCCGUUGCUUGUCGCUGUCUCCUCAACAGCAUGUUCGGACUACAGCUCGGCCUACAUUCGAAGCCUCUUAGAGUGCGCAUAUUCCUUUGGAAGCACCUGCAGCGUCUUCUGGGGAUAUGCAACCGACAGAAGUGGACGCAAGAAGACAGCUAUGCUCGGACUCACUGGCACGCUGGCUUCUUGUCUUUCUAUGGGCUUCGCUACAACCCUUCCAGGUUGGGUCACUUUGCGAUUCUUGGCCGGCUGCAUGGGUUCAGCAGUUUUCACAUCUGCUCUUGCGAUGCUCGCUGAUUUGAGUAUGCCAUCUGCCAAGGCUUUACGGAUCGUGUCGAGCUUGCCUUUGAUAUCAGUUUGCGGAGGUAUCGGUCCGCUCUUGCAGUCUGUUGUCAGACAGGUCGGCAAACGUGCGCCUGCUGGAAUUUGGUCGCAGUGGCCUGCUUUGAACGGUCAAAUUGCUUGCGCUGGGUUGAUUCUUAUCAUCUCCCUAGUCGAGGCUUUUUGCUUGCGCGAGACCUUGGACUCCCGGGCUGUAGCUAGCCUCCAGAACGAGAAAUCGUCCUUGCUCGAACACAAAUCUGACGAUAGCGAGGCAUUGCUUGCUGUCUCUGUUGUGGAUAUCGACGAAGAGCCCGCAAGGAUCUGCAUUGACGACUUUCUGCAAGCGCCAUCUUUUGUAACACUCCUAGCUUCCUUCUCUAUUCUGUCGUUACACUCAUCAACGUUUGAGGUGCUGCUUCCGCAUCUUGCCGACUCACCUGCCAAUAUGGGUGGCAUGGGCCUCCCUUGUGGUCUGCUGAACACGAUCAUCACCAUCGUGAAGCUAGUGGCUGCCAUGGGAGUAUUCUACGCCCUGCCGAAGCUUCAGGCUAAGGCGUCCGUUCUCUCAACCUACCGUCAGAUCUCUGUCGCCUUCCCUGGUAUCUACGUGCUGAUCCCAUUCCUUGCUAUGCUUGCUACAGUAUCUGGAGCCCCGGGCACUUCGUGGGCCGUGUUCAGCACUGUCGCCGUAAUCGCCAAGGAAUUGUUUGCAGAGAUAGCAAUGGUGCUGGCCAUCUUGCUUGCAUUCUCUGCCGCGCCGAACGCAGCAUCCGCGGGCACCAGCAUAGGUCUUCUCGGUCUUUCCAACCUCUUCAGAGCGCUUGCGGUUGGUGUUAGUGGUUUGAGCUAUUACCUCUCGGAUGCAUAUUCCGUGGUUGCCAUCAAUGCUACUCUUUGGGCGUUGUUGGCUGUGUUGGCAUUCACUGGUGCAUGUAUCAACUGGAGACUGAGGGAAGCACCCCUUGUUGGACAGGACAUUCCAGCUGAGCUGCUGCGCUGGAGCAGUGUGUUCGACGCCGAAUCGGACUCUGAAGCUGAUAUAUAG